UGUCAUUUGCAACUAUAGUGUCAAGUGUCAAGUCAAAACCAAGCAAAUUCCAAAAAUGUGUGGUGGUUUCUAAAAUUGUUGCUUAGAUUAUACUUAUUGACUGAAAGUGUGAAGCACAUGCAGAAUUUUUAAUAGUUGAAAUUCACCUAUUAUCAGUCCGUAAAUAUAUUAAAAGUAAUGGGUAAUGUACACGCUUAUUCUUCUAACCCUCCUCCACCACCUCCACCAAGUACAACCUUCCCAAGGAAGAAGGAUACUGAUCCUGCAGCUAGUCCUCCGGAGGUGAUUGAAAAUCCAGGACCAUUAGAAGAGAUUCAUUCAAAGUGCAAAAAUGUUUUCCCCACAUGUUUUGAAGGCGCUAGAGUUAUGCUUACAAGAGGUCUUAGUAAUCACUUCCAAAUAUCCCACACAAUAAAUAUGAGCUCUGUUACUCCCAGUGGAUAUAGAUUUGGAGCUACUUAUGUGGGAACAAAACAAAUAUCACCAACAGAGGCAUAUCCUAUAUUGCUGGGUGAUAUUGAUCCCUCAGGGAAUCUGAAUGCCACUAUUAUACACCAAAUUCAGCCAAAUCUUCAAACAAAAUUUGGAGCACAGGUACAGAACUCAAAAUUUCAAGUAGGUCAGUUAACAAUGAAUUAUAAGGGUUCUGAUUAUACUGCUAGUUGUACAGUAGCCAAUCCUGAUGUAAUUAAUAGUUCAGGAAUAGUUGUUCUACAUUAUUUACAAGCUGUAACAGCUAAGCUGGCACUGGGAACUGAACUGGCCUAUCAAAAAGGACCAAGUAUUCCAGGCGGAGAAAUAGCUUUAUUAAGUGCAGCAGCUAAAUAUUCAACUGACAACGCACAAAUAUCAGGCACAUUAGGCGUACAAGGCGUUCAUUUAUGUUACUACCAAAGAGCUAGUAAGCAGUUACAAAUUGGAGUUGAAUUAGAGGCUAAUCAUAGAAUGCAAGAGGCUGUGGCAUCUGUUGGUUAUCAAGUGGAUUUACCAAAGAGUGAAGUAGUAUUUAAAGGUCACAUCGAUUCAAAUUGGUCGGUGGGCGCAGUUCUAGAAAAGAAAUUAACUCCUCUGCCAUUCACGUUAGCUCUUAGUGGGUUAAUGAACCAUAAUAAAAAUCAAUUCAGGCUCGGAGUUGGUAUAUUGAUCGGAUAGACAUUUUAUAAAAUAUGAAUCUUAGUCAUAAAUUCAUUGUUGCGACUAUUACCAAUUAAAGUUUUAUUAAACAAGUUA